AUGCCAAUGAAGAGGUGCCAGAUGCUGAUGUACGAGUCAACCGGCUCAGUGAGCAGGUAUUGGCAGUGCUCGAACACUACAAGUCCUCAGAUCCCGUGGGACUUCCUGGAGCACCUAUCCCGGACCCAAUGCCAAUCCCAGAUAUGAAGACUAGCAUAGCCCUUGGGACUCUAACUUUAAAAGAACAGUCUGUUUAUGGGCUAUCAAAAUUUCGGAUAGAGUUUGCCAAUUCAAAUCUUGGUGACAUGGAGGUGUUUAUUGGAUUGAGCGUGGACGUUCUUCAGGUUCUAGGAAACUACUCACUUGGUUCUUUUUGGUCAAGAAGUGAGGGUGCAUCCAACAUUACCCUGAAAGGCCUGUAUGCUGAAGGCAUUGCUAAGCUGGAGGUAGCAAGAGAGGGUCACCUAGAAGCCACAGAAAUCUUACUGGAUCUGACCGUAGCGGACAUCGAUGUGCACCUUGAGAAUCGUGGCUUACUCGGCUCCAUGUUUCAAGGGUUUUUAAAUACGAUCGGUACUUUUGUAUUUGAAACUAUGAAGCCUUUCAUAUUGAACAAGGUUAAUACUAAUGUCUUAGGAGAUGUCAACAAAAACUUGAGAGGUUUUAAAAUGACUUUUCCCAAUUCUUUGGCACCUGUAGAUAUGGGUUUUGCUGAAGGAAGGAAAAUCGUUCGGAAGAUGGGAUAUGAUCCUUACAAGAUUAAAGAUUUUACCCACACUACAGGAAUCCUGGGACUAGAAGUCACUCAAAUAUGGGUAAGUGGAUUGGCAACGUUUCAUCGAGUUGGGAACAUUACUGUUACCAUGGAGAAUAAAACUGUUUAUUUCGAAGCCUCUGUUGGAACGCAGCAACUUGAGGGACGAUGCCACUGGGAGAUUUCUAUGGCAGGUUUGCUGAGUACUACAGGAAAAGUUAGUUUUACCAUUGAAUACUUGGAGGUCAAUGCUAAAGUAAAUCAGUCAUUGGAUGUAAGAAACAGACCAAACCUCGAAGAUCUCCAAAUUACUCUUGGAAACUUUCAGUUGCAGUUUGAUGGCAUCGGAACACUAGAUUAUGUGAUUGAGGCGAUUGUGAACAUUUUACCAAACCUGCUACGCCACCAAAUAAUGCUUGCGAUUGAAGAACCACUAAAAAUAAAAAUGCAAGAGAUUUUUAGCGAUAUUGAUGUAGAAAAGACCAUAAAAAAAGAAUUACAACAAUUGGAUGAUGUAGAAAAUGAGAAUCAAGAACAUUCCCUGGAAAGACCACCACAUGAAGAAGGACUAACUGUAGAUGAAUCACGGUUGGAUGAAAGUAUUUUCUAGUUAACAUGGUUUUAAAUUAGAGGUAUAUAGUUAUUUAUUUGUAAAUAUAUCUUAUUAAAUUAUAGUAAAGUAGAAAUUGA